UGGUUUUCUAUAGUACCUGGUGUUUGUUUCUGUGUAUGUACAUCUAUAAUUUUCUCACUUGUUCGGAUAUCUUCUUGGGUGGUUAUUUCGAGUAGCCCUUCCUUUUCAGUAAUGAUGCUCGGUUUAACAAUUCUUGUUGUCUGUAUGGUUUCUAUUGGAGGUUUCGUUUCUUCAACUUGUGUUGUUGUUAUCAAUUGCAUCGUAGUGGUUCUGUCUUUGCUCAUUUCUAGUGUUGUUUCUGUUGUUGUUGUUUCUGUUGUUCUUUCUGUUGUUGUUUCUGGUGUUUCUUUGAUAACUGUUAUUUUUUGCUCAAUAAUUUGUUAUCACCAGUUGCAUAUUUCAUUCCUUUAUUUAAAGAUCCUGCAACUCAAUUUUUAUGGUUUUAUAUCAUAAAUAAAAUGCUCAAAUGACAAUUUAUCAAUAUUGUUAGUUCCAAAAACAUUGAAAAAGCAUUAUUUGUAAAGAUAUUACCGAAUUUACAUUUCAUGUUAAUAAAGGGGGAUAAUUAGAAAUUUAUUUUCUAUGAAGUCUAAGUUAAAUGUUUUAAUAAGAAAUGAAUGUAUAUAUAUUUUAAUGAUUACAUAUAAUGUGGACAAAUAUUUGCAGUACAUAGUUUACAUAUUCUUCGAUGUUUGAAAAUUGUUUUAGAAUCAUAAUUGUAUACAUAUAAUUAUAUAAUUGCACUUUUAAAAGUGUGGUAACAACCUUAAUUACAUCAUACAGGAUCUUUAAUUAAAACUGAAACCGAAAUGCUAUUAUUUUAUUCCAGUUACUUGUAAGUUGAUAUCUUAGUUGUAUGUAUAUUACCAUCAUGUAUUAACAUUUACAUCAUCCUUAAACCAGGUAAACAUUAAACUGUUAAAAUGAUAAAAUUCAAUAAUAAACGUGAUUAGAUAACACCCUUUGAAAUACUUUAUAAACUUGUUUUAGUUUAACAAUAGUCCAGGCAACUUCACCUCUGAUCAUUAAAUGAAAGACGGAUCUUAACAUGUUAAUUUUAAAUUGGAUUUUAAUACUUUGAUUGCUUUAUGGUAGGUGAUAAGAUUCAGUGUAUAAAGGGCACCCGCUUAAUUCAUGUAGAGAGUAUGAUUAAAUUAGGGGGCGGUAUCUCGGUUGUUUGUGUCAUACUAAAUAUUGGAUUAUCAUCGACAAACAAUGUGGAACCACAUACUACUGAAAAAGAUUCGCCCAGGAAACAAAGUACCAAUAAUCUGACGUCACACAUUACGCACAAGUUAAACAGUACUACAUCAACAAGAUCAUUUAUAUCCACAUCUUCAAAAUUGCCACAAAGUUCAGCAUCAUAUUUAGUAUCAACACUAACUUCCACCUCAGUAUCAACAUCUUAUUCAACCUCAAUACCGACAUCUUUUUCAACGACGCCAGUGUCUUCAAAAUCAAAUUCAUCGCCGAUUUCUACUUCUCCAAAACUUUCAAACGCACCAAUGUCUUCACAAACAUCUUUAUCUACUUCAACAAUGCGUUCACCAACAUCAAAUGAUUUUACAUCAAGCACAAUGCCUUACAUCUCAUAUUCGGAUGAAUCUUCAACAAUGUCGUCUGCUAAUAAGACGUCGACUCAAAAUCCAGGUUUAGGAGGUUUUCACAUCAACACCGAUCUUGUCGUGGAAAUCGUUUUCAUUGUCCUUUGCCUCGUCAUUGCCGGAAGUUUUAUGACAUUUCUUCUUAAAAAGAAAGGAUAUAUAUCCUGCCAACGAUGUAGAAGUUGUCUUCAUGAACGGCGCAGGCGUAGAUCUUCAACAUCGAGUCGAGGGCCUCUUACACAAGAUGAUGCAACCUUCGUCAAUAUCUCGGAUCCCCCGAGACAAGAGCGGGAACUUUUCUCAAUCGGAGACCAAGAUGGCGGACAAGAUGGCCGACAAAGAUCUUUGCAGCGGCGUGGCACGGAGGAUGAUUACUUUUAUGAUGAAAUUUUUGGACAGUCAGCGUUUGUUGAUGAAACAACGAAUAGAGCUAACACUUAUUUAUCAGUUGCUGAUGAUGACGAUGAUGAUAUACUGAGCGGUUUGAACGUCCCAGAUCUUGUUUUUAAAACACCAAAGAAAAUGUGAAAAUUGAAAAUGAAUUCUGAAAUUGAUGUUAUGUGUUGAAGUAACAAGAUACAGUUUGCUAAGAUAAAAUUAUAAGAAAUCAUGAAAUUUACAUGUUAGUAUUAAUGUUUAUACCCUCCUCUAACACGGAUACCAUCAAACAUAAAGAUAAUAAUUUAGAACAUUGUGAUGCACAUUGGGCACAUGUUGACCCAUUUGUUCAAAGAAUUUAGUAGGAAAUGGGAGAAUGCAUACAGUGCCUGUUUGUUUUGUUUGUGUGUUUGUUU